AAUAGUUCCAAGUAGUACUUAUUGAAUCUUUUCUUCGAGAUACGGUAUUUUUGAACAUCGCUCAUUCUGUAUCAAGCUCUCUACAGAAGCAUCAUGCCGGACGAAAGAGAAGUAUUGCCAUUCCAGAUGAAGUUCUUUCCUGAAUUCGUUCUCCAGAAGGCUAUUAAGGAAUUAAACGAAACCCCAGACAGAAAAAUUGAAGGAAGAGAUAUUCUCAAAAAGCUGCUAUCAACUCACAAACUAACAUGUGAUAUCAACUUUGAUGACGACUAUCUGACGCUGUUCUUAAGACACAGUAAGUAUAACGCCAACAAGGCUUUCAUUCAGAUUCAGAAUUACAUCCGCUUGAGAGAGAAAUACAAAACACUGUUCGAAAGCGUCCCUGAUGAAUAUUUUUUUACCAUACCAUCCACAAUGUUCGGAACUAUACUUCCGUACAGAAGCCCAGAUGGAUGCACAAUGGUUCUCUGUGAAUUAGGUAAAUGGGAUCCUGAUGAACUUUCUAUUGAUAAUUUUAAGCGGCUGGCACUUCAGCUUUUCAUCCAAACUCUUCGAGAUCCGAUGACUCAGAUCAACGGAUUUAAAAUCAUCCACGACUUCAAAGGAACAUCGAUGAAGCAUCUGAAACAUUGCACGCCGCAGAAUCUCUAUUUUCAGUAUCAUGCCGCAAUAGAUUGCAUUCCUGGACGAUAUAAGGAAAUUCACUUCGUCAAUGAAUCCAUUCUAUUGAAAACUUUAUGGUCAAUUGUUCGAAACUUCAUAUCCAAAAAGAUGAGAAGCAGGGUAUUUUUCCACUCAAAUCCAGAAGACCUGUUGAAUUAUUUUCCUCCCUCUAUACUUCCAGUGCAGUAUGGUGGAGAACUGACUGAUUAUUAUCAAGAAGAUUUGGUCCGGAAACUGAAUAAAGAAUACGGAAAUGCCCCUGUCGGCGGAGAACCGAAUUAUUUCUAGAAUUCAUUAAGUUAUAUGUAUUCCGUAUUUGUAAAUAAAUGUACAUAUAUUAAUAUUUCGAAUUUAACCAAUUUUAAUGCUUGUAAUAUUUAUAUACAAUGCUGUUUAAAACUGUUAGAAUGCCAUUCGAAAUGUUACAUUUUUAUUACAGAAAAUAAAUUUAUUUAUAUCCCAAAUAUAUAAGUUUUAUUGAUUCAAUCAUAUUCCAAAAGAAAGCUUCAAAUUCACUCAUGUCCAUAAAUUAAGGAUAAUGCAAGUUGAGGAAAAGAAAGAGUCAGAAGCAAAACAAAUGUGAAUUAUUUGUAAAGUCUAUUUAUUAAACAAAAGGUAAAGAGCAAAAAAGAUGCUACAUGUUUGAUAUCA